GUGGCCAACCCCUCUCAAUUUGGAUUCCAAGAUGCGUCCUCCCCUAUCAUAGAAGAAUUAGUUGAAUUCCACGACCAUGCCCUUAUGGUUGCACUAGCAAUCUGCAGCCUAGUUCUCUACCUACUCGCCCUAAUAUUAGUAGAAAAACUAUCCUCAAAUACAGUAGAUGCGCAAGAAGUAGAACUAAUUUGAACAAUUCUGCCAGCCAUCGUACUCAUUCUACUUGCUCUACCCUCCCUACAAAUCCUUUAUAUAAUAGAUGAAAUUGACGAGCCGGAUCUAACCCUAAAGGCCAUCGGCCACCAAUGAUAUUGAUCGUAUGAGUAUACAGAUUUUAAAGAUCUCACAUUUGAUUCAUAUAUAAUCCCAACAUCAGAACUCCCACCAGGUCACUUCCGGCUACUAGAAGUAGAUCACCGAGUUGUAGUACCCAUAGAAUCACCUAUCCGAGUAAUUAUCACAGCUGGGGAUGUCCUCCACUCAUGGGCAGUUCCAACCCUGGGGGUAAAAACUGAUGCAAUCCCCGGACGACUAAACCAAACUUCAUUCAUCACCACUCGACCGGGAAUCUUUUAUGGCCAGUGCUCAGAAAUCUGCGGAGCUAACCAUAGUUACAUGCCUAUUGUAGUUGAAUCAACCCCUCUUACAUACUUCGAGAGCUGAUCAUCACUACUCUCUACCGACUCAU